AUGUUUCCCUACAACCAAUGCUGUGAUUCAUCCUCUCAUGACGUGGUCAAUUGGAAUCCAUCCCAUCACCACCACCAUCAACAACAACAACGUACUGGAGUGGACAGUACCAACCAAACACAUCAAGAAACCAACCACCACACUUCAAACACGUCCACUCAAAGCCUUGACCACCUUCAUAGUGGUGGUGGUGAUGAAUUAUUCCAACAGUUCGAAGAUUUUCUACUACAAGGAAUGACUCGUCAUGACCCACAACAACAACCACCAUCCAUCAUCAACAACAACACUCAGUUGUCAUCAACAACCCCAACUGAGGGCGUGUCUAGUAGUAGUAGUGGUGGUACCAAUGCUUCACGAAUACCUCCUCCUCCUCCACCUCAUGAUUCACUAUCAUCAUCAUCAUCCUUCACUUCGGACCAAAGUGGUAGUAGUAUGUUGUUGUUGUUGGAUACCUUCCUUCAUAACAAUCAUCCUCUCAGGAAUGAAUCCAUUCUUGCAAUUCCAUCAUCAUCAUCCGAACAGAAUGACAGCCAUCAUCACCAUAUUGAUUCAUCUUCUCAGUGGAUGAUGCAUCAUUUCUUCAACAGCUUUAUCCUACCUGCAUCCAUGAAUGACAUUGAGUUGUCAUUAUCUUCAUCAUCCUUAUCCUCAUCAUGGAUGAAUUCUUCUACUCUUAGAGAUUCAUUACAACAACCAUUUCAUUCGGAGGAGGUUCAUCACCUCCAAGUACCAUACCACACCAACAAUCACACAACACCCACCACUCAUUCAAUUCUCUCUUCACCUGCCCUUCAAUCGACUCGAUCCAAUAAUAGUAACAACAACAACAAUAGUAGUAGCAGUAGCAGUAGCAGUAGCAGUGGUGAAAGUAAUAGUUGUACCAAUAACAACAAUGCUAACAACAAUGGUAACAACAACAAGAACGUUCAUAGCAAAGUAGUGAAUCAUGUUGUGGAAUAUUUCCCAAUUGCUUGCGAACAGUGUCGACAACAACAUAGAAAGUGUGACAAACAACUUCCCAAGUGUUAUUCAUGCACUCAACGAGGUAUUGAAUGUGUCUAUCGAGAAUCCAAAAGAAAUAAGAAAAACAAUUCAAUCUCCACCAGCAACAUGAAUCAUCCAACAAAAUCCAAUGUUUCUAGAAAUGAUCACAACUCUAAAGAAACACAAUUGAGAAAUCAUUCUACUGUCCACUUGGAAACAUCUAAAAGCAAAUCCUUUCAUCUUCUAUUCUCUCCUUAUCCACUUGGAAAAAAGUCAAAUGAAGAGUUUGUACAAACCUCAGAGUCAUUAAGCACUAGAGCUGUCAUUGAUUAUUACUUUGAUGUGGCAUGUGACGGCUAUCCACUCGUGUCACGUGAAGAAUUAGAAAACUUUAUAACCUAUUUCCCUAAUUGUGAUGAUGUUGAAAUUAGUAGCUUGCAAGUGAAUUGUGAAAUGUUUGCCAUGUACUUUAGCAUUCGAGCAUUAUGUGAAUGUCGAGCUGGAUUGAUUGAACAAUCAGAAAAAACCAUUCAAAAAGCUAAAGAUUGUCUUUCCAAAGUAUUUGAUCGAAUAUCAAGCUCUUCUGUUGCUGCUGUGUAUGCUCAUUUAGUUGUUUAUGAAUUAUAUAAUGGAAAAACAGAACAAGCAAAAUUCUAUUUUACAAUUCUUGACUUUUUAACAAAGAAAUUAUUUUCAAUAUCAGAAGAAUCAGGUGUUGACAGUGAAACACAAUCCAAAUUAACAAUUUAUGAAAAGAAUUUGGAAGGUUGGAUGUAUUAUUAUGACACUGUUCUAAAACUUGGUCUUACAGAAGAUUUUGAGAAACACACGGUGGAAGAUUUAUUGAUUCGACUUCCUGAAAUGUAUUCCUUUUUUUGUCAAGAACCAUUACCUCAAGAAUGGAUUCAUCGAUUAACCAAGGAAAAAGUCACCAAUGAAAAUUGCUUUGAGAUUUGGAGUAUUGUAGAAUUACUUGUGAACAAAUUCAAAAAUUUAGAAAAAUCAACACUAUUGACAAUUCCUGACACUGUAAAUCGAGCAGAUUUUGUAGAACCCAUUUAUCAAAUCAUAUCUGACAGUUUGAGGAUUGCAAUACUUUCCAAAUCUCAAUCACCCAUCACACAAGAACUCAUUGAAAAGAGUGCACUGAAUAUUAUUCAUCUCACUGAGAAUCCUCUUUAUCCUCUCUUUCCAGUGGAUAUUCUAUUUUGUGUGAAACCAGCAGUGAAUAUUCAUUUAGAAAUUUGUCAUGAACUUGUAUUACAAAGUCAUUCACUCGGUUGUGGUCGAAAUGAUUUUGUACAUCAUGGAGUGGAUUAUUAUAAUAUUUUAAAAAAGGAUUUACGUUCCUUUACAGUGAUGAAACCAAAAUUUAAAGCAAUCACCAAAUGGAUUAACAAAAUUACUGACCAGAUUGAGCAAAUGAUUGCCGCUAUGGAUAAGAUCAAAGAUUAA